AUGGAACUUGAAGAGUUACGUCAAGUAACGCGUUCAUUUGUUCUAUCACAUCAGACCUUAUGUAUAACAGGUGUUAGCUUCGACAAGCGUUGUCUAGUUGGCUAUACGGAAUUGACUUUGCAUUCACUUGUGAAAAAUUUUAAUGUGAUCAAAUUAAAUGCGCGACAAUUGACUAUUUAUGCGGUGACGAUCAAUGGAGAACGAAAUGUGGAAUUUUCAUAUGAUGAUCCAAACAUGCAGACUUUCCUAGAAGAUGAUCCAAGGCGGGAUCUCUCAUCGGCUUUAAAACGUCAACAACGCUUUUCUGAAUAUGUCGAUCCUGAUGAAGGUAAUGGUGAAUUGACUAUAUUCAUUCCUUCAUCACUUCAACAGCAUGCUGACUCUGCAACGACCAAUCAUGAAGCCAAUCUGAAUAAUACCGUUUAUAAAGUGACCAUUGAUUUCUCAUUAGAACAACCGGAAACUGGCAUUCAUUUUUUCGUACCGGAUGAUGAUGCGAAAGUCUCCCGUUUAAGUCGCCAUUUAUUCACAACUGGUCAUGAUGCACGUCUUUGGUUUCCAUGCGUUGAUAGUUAUUGUGAACCGUCAACAUGGACUAUUGAUGUUACCGUAGAAGAAUCAUUAACAGUUGUUGCUUCUGGUGAACUUGUAGAAUGUACGACACAGAAUGAAAUGAAAACAUAUCGAUUUUAUCUAUCAACACCUGCACCAGCGCCAUUUAUUGGACUUGCUAUUGGCGCCUUUGAAUCAGUUGUCGAUUCUAAUACACAAGAAAUUACUAACUAUUGUCUACCUGGUUUAUUAACUCUUCUGACGAACACAACAAGUUUUGUUCAUGAACCAUUGGAAUACUUUGAAGAAUUAUUAAAUGCAAGCUGUCAAUAUCCGAAUUAUAAACAAGUUUUCGUGACAGAACCGUUCGCUGAGUGCACACCAUUUGCAUCUAUGGCUAUUUUCAAUGUGAAUUUAUUGUAUCCAUCAACAGUUAUUGAAGCAACAUGGCAUGCAAGAACACAGAUGGCAUUUGCUUUAGCUAAUCAAUUUUUCGGCUGUUUUAUCACAAUGCGUUCUUGGCGAGAUUGGUGGUUAUUAAAAGGCUUAGCAUUGUACUUAACUAAUAUAUACACAAGACGAGCAUUUGGAAAUAACGAAUAUCGUUACAAUCUCAACCGAGACAUGAUGGAAGUCAUUCGUUAUGAACGCGAAGAGAAUCCUAUUCGACUAGAUUUCGCUCCGAUUAAAUCUGAAUCUGAUCUUUCCAAUGUAAAUAAUCGUCGAGGUACAAUGAUGUCGUCGCAUUAUCUUGAAGUUGCAGCGAAAAAAGCUCAUCUAGUUGUUCGUAUGAUUGAUGACUUUAUCGGUCGAGAAAUAAUGAUGCAGAUUCUUAACAAGUUGAUGUGUCUAGCGACGACAGCGUGUUUAAAAGAUGCUUCACUUAGUUCUCGUUCACGUUUACACAUAUCGAGCAAGUCGUUUUCCCGUGUUGUUAGCACAUUGACAACGAAAGACAUUCAAGCAUUACUGACUCAAUGGGUUUAUGAAUCGGGAUGUCCAAGAUUAAUCGGAAGCUUUACAUUCAGUCGGAAGCGAAACGUGGUCGAAUUAGAAAUUAAACAAGACACAACCGUCAAAGGUUCAAAGAAGUUCUUAGGUUCAUUGGUUAUUCGUGUGCAAGAGUUAGAAGGUUCAUUUAGUCAAACGAUCUUGUUGGAAGACAGUGUUACAAAAUAUGAAUUGACAUGCCACUCAAAAGUUCGUCGAAAUAAGAAGAAGAAGAUUCCUUUGUUAUCAGGUGAUGAAGUUGAUAUGGAUCUCAAUCAAAUGGAUGUCGAAUGUCCAAUACUUUGGAUACGAAUUGAUCCAGAUUUGAAAAUCAUUCGUGAAUUACAAUUCGAUCAAGCAGAUUUCAAUUGGCAAUACGAACUACGUUAUGAACGUGACAUUCUUUCACAAUUUGAAGCAUUAGAAGCACUAAAACGAUAUCCUAGUCAGAAUACACGAGAAACACUGGGCACUGUAUUAGAUUCAUCCACUUGUUUCUAUCGUGUUCGAAUCGAAUGUGCACAUGUUCUCACUCAUAUUGCCAAUUCAAUGGCUAAUACGUGGACAGGUACACUAGCAACACUAAGUUUUUUUCGUCGUGUGUUUAUGUCGACAAAUUCGACCUCAUCAUCAGCGAGUACUACAACAUCAUCAACGAAUCCUUCGUCUUCGACAGCACCAGUCACUCAUAUUGUACGUAUUAAUGAUUUCUCCAAUUCGCAAAUGUAUAUGAUACAAAAAAUGAUUCCCCAAGCCAUUGCGUUGCAACGAAACAAAGAUCGGGUGUGUCCAUCUGAGGUAAUCAAUUUUCUUUUCGAAUUAAUUCAUUACAAUGAAAAUUCGAAAAAUCGCUUCUCCGAUGCUUUCUAUCGUUCAUCAUUAAUCGAUGCACUCGGAAAUACUCUAACAAAUGUUGGUUUAACCAGUACAACAACCAAUGUCGAUCUGCUCUUAAAUCAUACAUUGGACAACAAUACAAAACGAAUCUUUGAUGAGAUUUUACUACAACUCAAUUUCGACAAGAUUAUUCCGUCUUACGGAUUUUGUGUUACAUGCAGUUGUUUACAAAUUUUACACAAACUAUAUGUGAUUAGUGGUAUACCAAUUGAUAUAAAUGUUUUUUAUGAGUAUGCUAUGUAUGGAAUAUUCGAUCGUGUACGGUUAACCGCCUGUGAAAUUCUCGUUGAACAAAUUGAAACUCGAAUGAACCCAGAUGUUCUUGACUAUAUAUUGACAUUGAUUGAGACUGAUCCUGAUUACAAUUUAAGACGUAAGAUCCUUCAACAUCUAUGUCGCCAUCCUCCAUUUCGACAGAAUCAAACAUGUCCUUUGAAUAAUUCAAGUACAGUUCAUCGAUUAUGGUCAUUAAUGACAAAUUUUUCGUACGAUAAUCAAAUUCGAAAUGAUUUGGCAGAAUUAUACCAAGUAAUGUACGGUCUCAACCGGCCGACUUGCCUGCCUGCAUCGAAUGACGCAAAUGAGUCUUCUCUUCGAGACGAACUCGACGACGUAUCUGAUACGGUCGUUGACAUUGAUCCGGAACGCUUAAGUCAUUUCCGUCUCGCUCGUUAUACAGAUGAUACGAAAGCCGCAGCUACUAAACUUGCUUCUACCAGUAGUAAAUGA